AUGGAUGUUCGUGAGCGUCUGAAGAUGCUCCUCGAAGGAGAUGAAAGUCUCAGAGAUUUGAAUACCAACUUUAACACGGCUCAAGCCGUUCAACCUGUCCAGGAUCUGGACCGAGGGGACUCGGUAGACGGGUCCGUUAAAGCCAAGAAAGGAGUAAGUGGAUAUGCUCUCCCCGUUGAUUUUGAUCCGGAACAUGGCAUGGAAUAUCCUGAGAGUGGCCAAUUUCCUUUGUCGUACAUUCGUACCUAUGUCAUUGGACAGCUAGUUGAGUCGGAUGACGAUUUGACCGAGAUCAAUCAGGAUGAUCGCACCCCCGGUAGCCCUCCCAAGCUUCACCUUGACACCUCGGACGUGCGCGACGAUGAGAGCGGCGAAGUCUCCGACGAGGCACCAGUCACUGCCAUCCAAGUUCCAGUAUCCUUCACCCCGGCGGUGACAAUGGCCCGCUACCCUUUCAAGUAUCUCCAUGGGUCAAAGUCCAAGAGAGUCAAUGAGCGGUUCUAUGUGGGUAAUCAGUUCUGGAACCGGACCUGGGAUCUGUAUUACCUGCCUGUCCCAAUGGGAAUUUCUCAAGCCCCAUUUCUUCUGAUUCCCACCUAUCAAGCUCAAGCGCUGCUCGAUGAAAUCAAUUCGGCUCUGAAACUCAGACUGACUCUCACGGGCGUCAAAAAGGAAGGUCUUGUCCUUGAAAUCAACAAUGAGAAGUUGCCGCGGCCUCUGUUUCUCGGCCGAAGCAGCAGCCCUGAUCGGAAGGCAAGAUUGGAGAACCAUGUUCCCUUCCCUUUGGAGAACUGGGGACCCUGGACACAGCUGGUCGAGCCCCAUGUUUUCGAAGAAUUUGAAAAGAAAGUCAAACAGUCGAUCGCCACAAUCAAGCAUAAGAAUCACAAGCAGGCGGCCCGAGAUGCCCAAAUUCAGAAGUUGCGUGAAAGCCUAGCUCGUGCGCAAUCCUACUUUGGCCUGCGUCCUGCCUUGCAGCCAAAUGUCACACAGCCGUCGUUUGCCAACGGCCAGAUCGACGCAAUUGAUGUUCUGAAGCCUGUCAAAUGGGCCUUUCACGAUGCCCCGAUUUUCAUCAGCGUUGAUCUCGAGUGGAUGGAGCGUUACGAAUGGUUGACUGAGGUUGGAAUUUCCACCUUGGAUAUGAGGGAUUUGGAAGGUGUCGUUCCUGGUGAUUAUGGGCAGAUGUGGUUACGCCAAGUUCGAUCCCGCCACCUGCGUGUUGCGGAGUACCGACACUGGGUCAACAAUGAGUUCCUCCAGGGAUGUCCCAAUAACUUCCGAUUCGGCGAAAGCGAGUUCCUUCCAGGCACUGAAGUUGCGAAGGCUGUGGAUGCUGCAUUCCAUCCUCCAUACAUGGUUCCCUCCAAGGAUGAGAAGAUCCCCUCAUACAAGAAUCAAAAGCGCACUGUGAUCUUGGUCGGUUUCGAUCCCCACGGUGAUAUCUCGCAUCUCCAGAAAGAGGGAAGCAAAGUUUUCAACGAUCUGAAUCACCCCUCUUCGAUCGUUCGUGAGACCCUUGACGUGGCAGAGCUGUACCGUAUCAAUGCUGGGGAGAGCCAGAAGCGCAGCCUUCGAGCACUGCUAGGAAUACUGAAUAUUUUGUGUCCCGACUUGCACAAUGCGGGAAAUGAUGCAUACUACACUUUGCAUGCUCUUGUGCGACUGAUGCUGAGAGUAGCUGGGGAAAAGCCCUGGGGAUAUGAGAGUGCUGAAGUCAGUGAUGAGGAGCCCAAGGUUGAGCCCAAGGAUAAUCCUAAGGUCACGAUCACCCCCAAAGACAAACCCAAGUUUGAAUCCAUCGCUGCACAGCUUGAAAAAGCCAAUGACAACGCUGACGGGAGCAUUGGUGAUGCCCCUGUGUGGAGACACUAA